GAAAAGAUAAGGUGAGAGCCAAGAGGAGUCUGAGAAAACCCUAACCCGAAGCACCCCACGCCGCCGCCGCCGCCCGCCGCCGCCGCAGUCUCUUUCUCGCUCGCGCGCGCUCUCUCCGCCCGGAUCGGAGCGCUCGGUUCGAGGAGGAGCCUCUCGGAGGUGAAGGCGAGCGUGUCAGCCAUGGCGGAUGAGGAGCACGCGGAGAAGAGGGAGGAGGUCUCGGAGCUUGCUCCCUUUGAUCCAACCAAGAAGAAGAAGAAGAAGAAGGUUUCCAUCCAAGACCCUUCUGAUGAAGUGGACAAACUGGCAGAUAAGACAGAAAGCUUGGCAGUCUCAGAGCCUGCUGAACUCAACUUCAGUGGGAUGAAGAAGAAGAAGAAGAAACAGGUGGAUCUUGAUUCAUCUCUUGCUGACCUUGGAGAUGGGGAGGACACCCAAGAUGAUCAAGCUGUAGAUGAUGAACAAGGGGAAGGCAUUAUGCUUGGAGAUGGCCCUAGAUACCCUUGGGAUGGAACUGACAGGGACUACAAAUACGAAGAGCUCCUGGACAGAGUGUUCAACAUUCUUCGUGAGAACAACCCAGAUCUUGCCGGGGACAGGCGUAGAACUGUUAUGAGGCCACCUCAAGUUCUUAGGGAGGGAACAAAGAAGACAGUUUUUGUUAAUUUUAUGGACCUGUGUAAAACGAUGCAUAGGCAACCUGAGCAUGUGAUGAUGUUUUUGCUCGCUGAAAUGGGAACAAGUGGAUCACUUGAUGGGCAGCAAAGGCUGGUGAUCAAAGGAAGAUUUGCUCCCAAAAACUUUGAGGCUAUCUUGAGGAGAUACAUAAAUGAGUAUGUCAUCUGCAAUGGAUGUAAGAGCCCUGAUACCAUUCUAUCCAAGGAAAAUCGCCUGUUCUUCCUUCGUUGUGAACAGUGUGGAUCUUCAAGGUCUGUUGCUCCAAUCAAGGCUGGGUUCGUUGCUCAAGUUGGUCGUCGGAAGGCCUGAACACAAUACAAAGCUUCGGAUCGUUAGUCCUGUGAGCUGCCAUAUGGUGUUAGAAUUGAGCUUGUGCUCUGCUUUGGUGACCAAUUUUGUACUGCGACCUUUGUGGCCGUGUAUUUCUUUUUCGUGUCAUGUGAAUGCAGCUGAGUUUCAAAUUAUGAUUAUCUAUAUAUGUGGCUGGUUUUGGGGCCGGAUGAGUUUAACAAAUAACGGUAGAUGGCAGUUGAACAGCU